CAAGGCUGCAUUGCAUGCCCCCUCUGCUCACCGCAUUUACAGUCGGGUUCAAUAUAUUGGGGCGUGAGGUCCUUGCCCCCAUCGCAUUGGAAGCAUCUCUCGUGCUGGUGCUUGCAACUACAAUUGAGAAACUCAGGCAUCCUUAUAGCAGCCUUGAUAUACUACGGGACAACGAGACACAAUCAACAUGGCUCCAGUUGCUGCCGUGCUUUGCGGGAAACAGCCCCAUUUGACCGAGUUCAUGAUCAAGAAUCUGCUUCCCAAGAUCGAGGUCGUCCAUGUCUGCAACAACGCCGACGCUGCAGUCUCUGAGAUCCCGGCCCUGAUGAAAGGCGACACGACCGCUCCCUCGUCGGGUCUGGGGACCAACACGGGGGGAUCCGGCCGGUCUGAUAUCUCCCUCAUCAUCGUCGGCGGGGGCUUCUCGCCACAAGACGUCCAAGCCAUCAAGUCCGCUGCCGACAGCGUGAAGCCCGUGGCAUUCUUCUGUGCGGACACCAGCAAGACCCCGGCGGGCGCGGGGCCUCCGCCCCCGGAAAUGAUCAAGAAACGGAUGAUGGCCGGGAUGGAGAAGGAGGAGAAAGGCGAGGGAGAGUGGGCGCCGGGCAUGUACAUGUACUGACAACCGUUGUCGCUGAGAACCUCUAAAACGGCUGAAGGACUUUGGGGCCCGUCCGAUCUCAAAGAUAGAGGGGCGUGAGUCCGAUUGCCGAUGACCAUGACCGGGACUCGGCUGGUGUUUGGUAGGGGUUGCUAAACAUGGCCAUAUCUCCCAAAGAUGCCCGUCGUUCGUUCACCGCUUCCACACUUCUGCUAAGCUUUAACAUUCAGCCUUUCGAUUGGAGAU